AUGUCGACGGGUGCGGAUUGGAUCUCGCAACAUGAUCUCCUCCGGAGCGACUAUGCCAUGCUCGGCACCACCUCGACUGUUUUUGCAAUACGUGUUGCGGUCCAGAUAUGGCGACGGAGGCCGAUUGAAGCGCAAGAUGUCUUGCUUGGAAUUGCUUUCCUGGCCUAUCUCGCCUUCACCAUUCUCUACAUAGUGAUCACGCCCACCUUCUUCAAGCUUCAAGCGCUGGCAGCAGGCCAGAUUGUGCCAUGGCCAACUAUGGCGGCAGAUCUCAGGUUUGCAUCUGAAGUCAUGUGGCAAAGUGGUAUGGAGUAUUGGACAUGUCUCUGGUUUGUCAAGUUUUCACUGUUGGCGCUCUAUAAGAAGCUGCUCGCCGGGAUGCCCAGGACAUACCUAUGGGUCUGGUGGGGAAUAGUGGCGUUUUGUAUCGUGACUUGGGCAACCUGUAUCAUAACAGGACCAGGCCUGGCAUGUAACGACACAAAGGCGUUCUUUGAAGAAGGCAAACAGUGCUUGUCGCUUGGGGAGACGCGGCGUCAGACAGCAAACCUCUACUACGCAUAUGCGGUCGACACACUGACCAAUCUUAUGGUCAUGUUCCUGCCGAUAAGACUCAUCUGGAAUCUCCAGAUGGAGAAAGCGAAGAAGAUUGGAUGUGGACUACUCUUCGCUUCUGGUUUUGUUUGUAUACUGUUUUCGACUAUUCGCAUCGUCCAGGUUGGCCAGGAUGGGAAGCCGAAGUCACCAGAUCCGAAAUGGCUUACACUAUGGACGAUUGUGGAGUGCUCAACAGCUGUGAUGAUUGGCUGCUGCCCAAUGCUUGCGUCUGUCGUGCCAAAGAGCUGGUCCCGUCCUUCGGGCCGGGCUUCGUUCAACGGAGAAGGCUACGGCGAGCAGUCUCCCAACGGAUCAGACGAGACUGGGUCGAAAAGUCGACGUCUUCGUGAUAUGCACAGCUCCAAGAGUCGGAAAAAGCGCAGUGAAAAGUCUUCGCAACAAGUCAGCGUAGCCACUCAAGAUGAGCUCCCGGAACGUCGAACCGGUGGCACUGGUAUCAGGAUCACAGAUGAGAUGCGUGAACAGCACAGGCGACGAAUGGAAGAGAACCAGUGCAUGGAGGAAGGGCGCUCAAAAGGCCAGCCACAGGAUGUGUGA